AUCCUCUCAGAAUUACUGAAUUACAAUUCCUUCUCUCUUUCUAUACUCUAUGUAUACUCUUUAUACCUGCCAUGUAUAACCCUUUAUUCUUUCGUAUCACACGAUAUCUGUCGAUAUUUGAUUAUUUCUGGUCAUUUAUUGAUUAUACUCCUAUACUCCCCUUCCUCUCACUCUAUUCUCUCUUUUUAUGUGAUUAUUUCCCUUUUGGGCAGUUUUUGA